AUGUGGAUGAUUUUCAAUAUUAUUUAUUUCUUUUUCUUAACAGCUUGUGCUACUUAUGAUGAAACUGUCACCUAUUCUUCCGUUAUUAAGUUAAAGAAUAUUCAAGAAGGUGUUCGACUUCAUUCGCACGAUAUCAAGUAUGGUUCUGGUAGCGGUCAACAAUCGGUAACUGGUAUGAUUGAUUUGGAUGAUGUUAAUUCUCAUUGGCAAAUUUUGGCAGCCAUGAAUGCGAGUUAUAAACGUGGGCAAACAGUUAAAUGUGGUGAUUUAAUAAGAUUAAAGCAUACUUCGACUGGGUGCUUCCUUCACAGCCAUUUAUUUAGUGCACCACUAUCGAAUGGAAAUCAGGAAAUAUCAUGCUUUACUGAAGGAGAUACGGGUGAUCACUGGGUUGUUGUUUGCAAUACAGAUGAAUGGCUUCGUGACGGCUCUGUGAAACUGAAACACAAAGAUACAGGAAAAUAUCUAGCCACAAGUGGACAUCAGUACAGUAGACCUAUAAGUGGACAACGUGAAGUAGUUGGUGUUUCAUCGCCAGGAAAUUCAGCUUUGUGGAGGUCAAUGGAAGGCAUCUAUAUGCUACCUAAGCAACAGCAAUAUAGGCAUGAUGAAUUUUAA